GCACAUGUAUGUAUGAUGAACUUUUUGUUCAUUUCAACAAAAAAGUAAAGAAUCCGAAAAGAAAUAUAUAUUUACACUGAAUGGGUAGUGCUGUUUUGAAGGAAGCUAGGAAUAUUAGGAGUGGUUUGGAUUUUAAUCAUGUGUUUUGUCUUGCUGCUGAUAUGUCGAACAGGAAGGAUAAUGUUCCGGUUCAGCUUUUUAGUGACAUAGAUGACGACCGGGGUCCUCUUUGCUACAAGUAUCUUGCCAGGACUAGUUUUAUGCAGUUUGUGUUUCAUCAGAGUGGGAAGGCUACUGGUUGUGACUAUGUGGAUGGUUGUGGUGAUGAAUGCUUCUGUGCUAUGAAAAAUGGGGGUGAGUUUCCUUAUACUCUGCAGGGGAAGCCUUUGAUUUUUGAAUGUGACCCUUUCUGCUCUUUUCCUCCUCAUUGUCGCAAUAGUGUUGCACAGAAGGGGCUGAAAAUUAGGUUGGAAGUGUUUAGGUCUCAGCAGACAGCUUGGGGGGUUAGGUCCUUGGAUCUAAUUCUAGCUGGUGCUUUUAUCUGCGAGUUUGCAGGGGUUGUUUUGACUAGGGAGCAAGCGCAGCUCUUGACAAUGAAUGGUGAUUCGUUGAUAUAUCCUAAUCGUUUUUCUGAAAGAUGGGCAGAAUGGGGGGAUUUGUCUCAGAUAUACCCACAGUAUGUGCGACCAUCAUAUUCAUCAAUUCCUCCUUUGGAUUUUUCUCUGGAUGUGUCAACAAUGAGGAAUGUUGCUUGUUAUAUGAGCCAUAGUUCAACUCCAAAUGUCUUGGUUCAGUUUGUUCUGUAUGAUCACCACAAUUUGAUGUUCCCUCACGUUAUGCUAUUUACAAUGGAGAACAUCCCUCCCAUGGGAGAGCUCAGCCUUGACUAUGGUGUAGCUGAUGAGUGGACAGGCAAGCUCUCUAUAUGUAACUGAAUAGAUCAUACACUUCUAAUAUUGAGGCCUGAGUUUUGGGCAUGGUUAAGUGAGAUUGGAUUGGCCCCUCAUAGUAUUUCAGAUCAGGAACAUGGAACAAGCCAACAUAAACCUGUUUUGGAUCAGAUGAUUCAGAUUGAUAGACCUGCUGAUGUCUCAGUCCCAGUUACAUUUACUGAUACAGCCGAUUUGUUUCAUUUUUUCACUUUGUCCUGCAUGACCUUCAUCUCCUUGCAGCCAAUGGAUUUGAUUGGCAUGCUCAUGAAGAGAUCCUCCCAUCCAGCUUGCAGCUCCCAAGUGUCAGAGCUGCAAAGUCCACCAGAUUUUCAUGAUAUUUUUACUCUGGAUCAUUUUGCUGUAUAAAGCUGUUUGUUUUGGUAGUGGCUACUGAUCAUGGUGCUGUAACAUAAAAUGUUUUGGAUAAACCCGACGACUCUGGUUCAGCUAAUGAUUCAGAACCAGUUGCUGUUCCUGGUUUAGCUGCACAUGUUCUACAGCAGAGGAUUUUAUCUGCUGUUGUUUCUGAUCCGGGAGGAGAUUCUGCAACAUUCACGGCUGAUAUGGCAACUCUCUCUGGUUCUAGUCUUUGUUUGGCUGUUGUUUUUGGUUUUGCAGCUAGACACGAUUUUGUACUUUCUUUUGUCCUUCUAUUUUUAAAAUCUUCUUGUUAAAGAAAAAUAUUUAAAAAUGCUUUCACGUAACAUUUUAUUUGUAUUUUAUAUAUAAGGGUUGAUUAAUUAAGAUAUUCAA